AUGCUGCUAGAUCAGCACCCGCUGCCCGUGCAGGAUGAUAUAACUCCUAGCGAUUCUGAUACAUUCUCAAACCUCUUUGAUGGUACCGAAAACUCAUUAUCCUCGGCUAUUACAACAUGGAGCUCAGAAUUUGAUGACUACCUUGCACCAUUUUCGGGUCUUGAAUCGGUCGCCCUUGAUUUUCUGGACGCGGGACCACUUGGUCCCACCGUGGGCCAUCAAAUGAAUAGCAGUAGCAGCAGUGCCUCUGGAUCCGGCAGCGCUGUACCCCCCGAAGAUACCAUCUCUCUCUUUGGACGACCAGUCCCCGCUCCCAAUCCACCAGUCCUAUACUCCACAGACGCAGGGAAUCGGGACCGACAGAAAUCAUCAUCGUUGCAAUCACCCUGCUCCUGCCUCCCACGUGCAUUAGACCUCCUGAAGCGGCUGGCCGCAGCAGACCAGGCCCCGGGACAGACAAACAAAUCUCAUUCCAAAGGGCCGGCCCAGUCUCUUGAUAUAACUAUCACGACCAAUCAGCAGAUCAUGGACACCCUAGGGAUAAUUCUUCAAUGCUCUUGCUCGCAAGAUAGCUACCUGCUUGCGACGGUCUCGUUGGUUAUAUUCAAGUGCUUCGAUCUAUACGCUGCUGCUGCUGCCAACGAGCGCCUUGCUCAGGCUCAACGACCUCCACCCGCAUCAAUUAGGAUCGAUGGCAAUUUAAUAGAGAAUGAUGAAUUGGAUUCUCGCAUGGCAGCGGCCCAGAGAGUCCUGGGGGAGCUGCACCGCGUGCAGCAAUGUAUAGCACGGCUUUCGCCAAAGUUACAGGCGUGCGGGGACACUGCAUCAGCGCUUUCAGAAGGUUUACUAGGUCACUUGGAGCCGGAAUUACGGAGACGACUUGGGACGUUAUCUAUGGGCUUGAUUCAGACUUUGCGAGCGGAGUGA